AUGACUGACUUCAACAGCGUUGCUCAGCAAUUCGUCCAGUUCUACUACAAGACCUUCGAUGAGAACCGGGCCAACCUCGCCCCUCUCUACCGCGACCAGUCGAUGCUCACCUUCGAAACGGCGGCUGUCCAAGGUAGCGCGGCCAUCAUCGAGAAGCUGACCUCGUUGCCGUUCUCGAAGGUUGUCCACCAAGUCGCGACACUGGAUGCCCAGCCCAGCAGCGAAUCGGGUGGUAUUCUGGUCUUGGUCACCGGUGCACUCUUGGUGGACGAUGAGCAGAAGCCCAUGAGCUACACCCAGGCGUUCCAGCUGCUUCCCGAUGGCCAGGGUAGCUACUUUGUCUUCAAUGACGUCUUCCGCCUGAUCUACCACUCUUCAUAA